CCCCUGCCCCCAAUAUACCUUAUAAUACCCCACACCAGCCCGCACCGCUGCACAGUUGCUGCACCGAACCGGACCCGGUGGCGGUCUUCUGAUCUAAUACAGUGCUUGCUCGCUCUGGUACCGAGGCCGACGAAGAUCACGUAUGCUGGUAUGUACGUGCAUGUUUCCCUUAGACUAACUGUAUCUAGGGUAUCCCGCGUUACCCAAUCACUUCUUCACCUAUUCGUGCCAGAGGCCUCCCCGAUCUUUUGGGUAUCUGGGUGAGUAAGGUAUAUAAAUUGGACCGAGUGUUGAGCUAGGGUCCAUUAAGUUUACCUAGGUAUAUUCAGUUAACUUAAAUCAUAUACUUUACCACGUAUCAGAGAGGCAAUUGCUGUUUUGUCCUACCGAGUCAUUGUUUCCACAUUACCUAGUCUUACCUACUCAAUUUUAUAGCGUUGAAUCUUUAGAACAAAGAACCAAAAAGCAAAUUGAUUAUUAGCAAUAUGGCUGUCGACCAAGGACCGAAGAUGCCUCACCCUCUACGACCACUCUCACCUGAUGAGCUAUCAAAAGCUCGAGAUGUUUUGAUUAAAGCACAUGCGGGAGAUGGGAUUGCUUUGUUUUUUCGUUCUGCCAUAGUCGAUGAGCCCAAGAAGACAGAUCUGACUAAGUUCCUCAUUGCGGAACAUGAAGGUCGGAUACCCGAUACCAUCCCGCCGAGACAGGUCAGGCUAUUAUAUGAUGUCAUCAAUAAUGGAAAAGCUCAACUCACGGAGACGGUCGUCGAUGUCGAUGCCGGGGUCAUUCAAAGUAGCAAGGAGUUUGAAUCACGAUAUCAGACCAGCUACACAGCUCAUGAGUUCGGCAUAUUUCAAGAUGCUUGUGUAUCCUCGGAGAUAUUUAAGUCAGCCAUGGAAGAGUUUGUCCUACCAGAAAACUUCGUCGUCACGAUAGAUCCGUGGCCAUACGGCGGCCCCGACCUGGAUGAAGAAAUCCCUCGCUACAUGCAAGGCCUCGUGUACGCCCGUGAUGCUUCUAAGAACAAUAUUGAUUCCAAUCACUACUCUUACCCCUUACCUAUAAUCCCUAUCAUGGAUGUAGCCACCAAGAAGUUAAUAAGAGUGGACCGCCUCGCUACCGGAGGGAUUGGCGACGGACUGUAUCCACCCCCUCCGGGAGGUGAGCCGAAGAAGCUGUUCGAAAACUGCAGCUCCGCGGAAUACUUCCCGGAGCUGCUGGAUCAGCCGCUUCGCACCGAUCUAAAACCCAUCAAUGUUAUCCAGCCAGAGGGUGCAUCUUUCAAAGUCCACGCCGACAAUCUUGUCGAGUGGCAAAAAUGGCGUUUCCGCGUUGGCUUCACGGCCCGUGAGGGUGCUGUACUCCAUGAUGUGUGCUAUGACAACCGGCCCAUAUUAUACCGGCUAUCUUUCUCCGAGAUGACCGUUCCGUACGGUGACCCGCGCCCACCCUUCCAACGCAAGCAAGCCUUUGAUUUCGGAGACGGUGGAAUCGGGCGCGCGGCCAACAAUCUGAAACUAGGAUGCGACUGUCUAGGUGCAAUACAUUACUUUGACUGCGUGGUGCCCAACACGGAGGGUAAGCCUGAUCUGGCGAGUAAUGUAAUUUGUCUACAUGAGCAAGACAACGGCAUCGGUUGGAAGCACACUAACUUCCGGACAAAUCGGGCAGUGGUGACACGCCUACGUGAGUUAGUCGUGCAAUUCGUCGCUACGCUAGCGAAUUACGAGUACGUGUUUGCAUACAAGUUAGAUACGGCAGGUGGUAUCUCAAUCGAAACGCGGGCCACGGGUAUCGUAAGCGUCGUACCCAUUGACGAGGGUAAGGUAUCAGGAUACGGCAACAUUGUCAAUCCAGGAGUAAUGGCACAAAAUCACCAGCACAUCUUCGCCGUACGUAUCGACCCAGCUAUCGACUCGUAUGUCACCGGCGAUACAGCUGUAGUCCUCGAAGAAAGCCAUCCCAUACCAAUGAACCCGGAGACGAAUCCUCACGGUAACGCAUACGAGAUUCGACGGAAGCGUGUCGAGCGCGCCGGGUUUGCAGAUGCCGAGCCCCAACUGAAUCGAGUCGUGCGCCUAGAGCACGCAACUAAAAAGAACAGUAUCAGUGGCAAGAAUGUUGGCUAUAAGCUAGUCCCCAGUGCUACGCAGCUCAUGCUUGCAGACGAUAGGAGCGUUCAAGCCGCAAGAGCACCUUUCGCAAAACACCACCUUUGGUUUACCGGAUAUAGAGACGGUGAACUAUGGGCUGCUGGCGAGUUCACGAACCAGGCGCCGCGGGAGGAAGGUGGCGUGAAGACGAUGGUCGAGAGGGGAGAUUGGUUCGUUGAUGAUGGUGGGGAGGCCCAUGAUGAUGAUAAUGAUGAUACGGCCGAAGAGAAGAAGGGAAAGAAGAGUAGUCCUGUAGUUUGGAGCGUCUUCGGCCUUACACACAAUCCACGAGUUGAGGAUUGGCCCGUGAUGCCCGUGGAAAUCCACCAGUUCCAUCUCCGUCCGGCCGACUUCUUCACUAGAAACCCGGCCUUGGAUAUUCCGAGCAAUAGAAACGAGAGUAGCGUACUGGUGCCAUGUUGCGAUAAAGUCAACGACACAGCACAAAACGGGACUCACCAAUCAAGUACUUGUUGCAGUAGUACGAGUCUUCGGACCGACAGUACGUCGCAGCAGAAUGCGGUAUCGCAUCUUCAAGGCACCGGACCGGAUUUCGAUCCAAAGGAGAUUCCAGUCGGAGCCCCUAAGGAGAAGAGACGGUUGUCAGCAACGUUGUCCAACUUACUUAACUGGAAGAAGGAUUAAAUGAGCUACCCAUCCGGGUAACCCUUUUUGCCUGGGACUCCUUCAGGUGUAUUUGCAACUUGAAGUUUCCGACCUGGCGGAUUUUGGAGAGAGCUUUCGGCAUUAACACCCCUCAGAAUUUUUAAUGACUUCGCUCUUUCCAUAAACGUUUCACAACAGAGUUUAUCAAAUGAUUCUAGCCGGUGGGUCUUGGGGUUUCUGGUAACACAGACAUACAAGAAACCCCUCAGCUACUAAAGUACAAACACCCCUUUUUUGCUAAAUGAGAAACGAUACAAGACGUCACAGAACUACAUAUAUUGACUUUAACAAUGUAUUGGUGAGACUCAAAACUCUCGUUAUGGUACUGGAUCUAGAAUGGCUACGCAUGCAUGGGCUGUGGAGAAUGGGUUCGCGCAAGUACAUCGGCAGCACGAAGUAGGUAGAUAUAACUAUAUUAACCUAGUAUAUGAAUUAACACGGGGAUGUUUCUUUCUCCGAGGCGAUGUCCGAGCUGGUUACACGCCGAAUGGAUGUGUUGCUGCAUGUGUCAUACGUUUUCUUAGAAGGUAAACUACAAGGAAAGCAGUAGUUAAGAGAUAAGCUUAUACAAGGCACAUGCAUAAAUGACUCUUAUUGUCUUAUUAUAAAA